GCAGGCCCGGCCCCCGCCCUGCGGCACCGUGAGCGGCACCAUGAGCGCCGCCGCCGGGCUGCGGCCGCUGCUCGAGACGCUGCAGGACCCCGCCGCCCCCGCGGGGGACCUCGCGGACGCGCAUCUCUCUCUCGUCAACCGCCUGUCUGGUGAGGAAGGCAAAGAAUUCGUUGCAGGAGUCAGAAAACACUUUCCUCAGCUUUGCAGAAUAUUUAAGGCACAUAUUACUAGUGAAAAUUCAGAGCUGAGUAACGCAGCAUUACAGGCCUUGGGGUUCUGUGUUUUUAAUUCGAAGAUCACCUCUGAAUUAUCUGCAUCUGAAGUAGAAGAUUUGCUUUCCACGUUGAACAGCAUUGCUGUGAAGACUUCAGACAAAAACACUCGCACUCGAGCACUUUGGGUGAUCUCUAAGCAGACGUUUCCUUCUGAAAUUAUUAAAAAGGAGGUGUCCAGUCUUAUUUCUACCCUGGAAACCAUACUUACUAAAGGAGAUGUACAGUCUAUGAUUGUGGAGUAUGAAGCACUGAAUGUUGUUAUACGCUUAAUGGAGCAAGCUCCAGCCCAGAUGGGAGAAGAGGCUGUGAGGUGGGCAAAGCUGAUCAUCCCUCUGGUCGUCCAUUCAGCUCACAAAGUGCAGUUACGAGGUGCCACUGCACUGGAGAUAGGCAUGCCACUGCUGCUCCAGAAACAGCAGGAGGUGGCAGCUGUAACUGAGCAUCUGAUGACCACGAAAUUAAUUGCAGAACUUCAGAAAUUAUUUUCUACAAAAAAUGAGACAUACGUAUUAAAGCUGUGGCCGCUGUUUGUCAAGUUACUUGGGAAGACUCUGCAUCGUAGUGGCAGUUUCAUUAAUUCUUUGCUGCAGCUGGAGGAACUUGGAUUCCGUAGUGGCUCACCAGUGGUCAAGAAAAUAGCUUUCAUUGCAUGGAAGAGUCUAAUAGAUAAUUUUGCUCUAAAUCCAGAUAUUUUGUGCAGUGCUAAAAGGCUGAAAUUGCUGAUGCAGCCACUGAGCUCAAUCCAUGUGAGAACAGAGGCUUUGGCACUGACAAAGCUGGAGGUCUGGUGGUAUCUACUCAUGAGGCUGGGACCUCAGCUGCCUGCUAACUUUGAACAGGUCUGCAUACCAUUAAUCCAGAGCACUCUAAGUGUAGAUUCUUCUGCUGCACUGCAAGGAACUCCCUCACGUGUGCCAUCCAAUCCUAAUUCAACAAAUACUCCACAGAAACCAGGUCCUUAUCCAUUUGCAAGUCCAGCCACACCAAGGAUGAACUUGAAUUCCAGUACUGCAGGACUGGUGGCAAUUCCUUCCAUUCAGCUUCUGGGAAUUGAAAUGCUGCUUCACUUCUUGAUGGGACCAGAAGUUUUGGAUUUUGCAAAGCAAAACAAACUGGUGCUUAGUUUAGAGCCUCUCCAGCACCCCCUGAUCGGUAGCCCAUCCUUUUUUUGUAAGCAUGCCAGCACAUUUAUAAAUGCAGUUCAGGAUGGAUUUAUUGCAGUUGGAAAAGAAGUUCCUGAAUCUGUGCUGAAUAAUAUCUGGAAGGACAUAAAUGGGCAUGUGAAAACAGCUAUUGAAUCAGGUAAUAAGAAAGAAAAGCAAGGAUCAGAAAUGCUGACUAUGUUGCUCCAGGCCUUAAAAAACAUUGUUAGAUCAAAUUCUCUUCCUGUGCAGAAAAUACUGUCCCUCAUUGAUAUCACUGUGAAGGAAUUACCUCCCAAAGUAUUGGGAUCACCAGCUUAUCAGAUUGCUGAUAUGGAUCUUUUAAAUGGAACACCAGCUUUGUUCUUAGUUCAGCUGCCUUUCCAUAACAACCUCUUGGAGUGGUGUGUGACAGAUGAGAGAUUCUUCAUCAUUCUGGAAACUCUUAUGCACUAUGUUUUAUCUGGGCCUACAUCUCCAUUGGCUUUCAGUGAAUCUGUGCUGUGUGUUAUUAAUCAGAACGCCAAGCAGGUGGAAAACAAGGAGCAUCUUUGGAGGAUGUGGAGUAUUGUUGUUCACCCACUGACUGACUGGAUUAAUCGGACUAACGAAGUAAAUCAAGGUGACGCUCUGGAGCACAACUUCAAUGCUGUCUAUAAUGCUCUGUUGCUACCAGUAUCCCACAUUUUCCCUGUUCAGGAAUUUCCACAGCCAACUAUGAAAUCCUUGCUGCGUGCUUGGUCAGACCUGUACAGAGCAUUUGCUCGCUGUGCUGCUUUGGUUGCAACAGCAGAAGAAAACCUGUGCUGUGAAGAACUGUGUGCCAAAAUAAUAUCUGGGCUAGAAGGUGAAACUCCAGUAAUGUCUGCAAUGCUGGAUGGUCUCACCCAUGUCGUGGCAGUUAUGGUGGACUGCAUCAACUUUGCACCCUAUGGUAUUAAAUAUCAGCCAAAAAAUAGAUCUCCACAGACACCUAGUGACUGGUCUAAGAAGAAGAGGGAGCCCCUUGGGAAGCUCUCCUCCCUGUUCAAGCUCCUGGUUUUGUUACUGGACUCAUUUCAUGCUCUCAGUUCUGAAGAAAUCUGCCUAGAACCACUGGCCUCUGUUGGUCAUUCAAUUAUUGCUGUUCUUCACAACAUCAUCAGCCACGUUUCUUUGCCGUCAGUGAUUGGGACCAUGUUUGCAGUUUUUUCAAAACCACUGGCAGUGUUUUAUGAAAAAACAAAGCUUGCUGAUGUACCUAAAGCAUACAGUAAUCUUAACAGCAAGCUUGAAAAACUCCUGGCUGAGAUUAUCCUGUGUUUACAGUCCCACUGCACGGGCUGCUAUGACAGUGAGCUGCUGGAGCAGCUUUCUCCAUUGCUCUGUGUGAUAUUUCAGCACAAGAGCAAACAGAUACGCAAGCAGUGUGCCAACUUCUGGAAUGCAACAUUUGCAAAGGCUGCAUCAUUGACGUACCCUGAAGAAUUAAAACCUGUGUUAAGCCAAGCCAAACAGAAAAUGCCACUCUUGCUGCCUGGUUUUGAAAGCAUUGAGAUAGCUGAUGAACAAAGCGGCCCAUUCUCUGAUGAGGCAGAAAACUCCCAAUGGGAUGCAAAACUGAGUGGGAUGGAAGUAAACUUGGGUCAGAAACGGGACUCUAUAUUGGCCCAGACAAGUGAACUAAAAAAUGAAGUAAAGGACAAGUCUGAUAACAUGCAAGUCACAUCUGCGAAGUUGAAAUUGGAGUUUUCAGCUUCAAAGCCUAAAAGUGACGUACUUCUGGAAGAAGAGAAGUCUGUUGAUUUUGUGUUCAUUCCCCCAGAAACAAAAGCAAGGAUAUUGACAGAACAUCAAAAAGAAGUGCUUAGGUCAAAGAGAAUUGGUAUUCCUGCUAUGUACAACAAUUUAGACUCAUCACAAGAUACUACCUUAUUUUCUCAGUAUACUCAGAGCCAGGAAGAUUCUUUGGAAAAGUCAUCUUUAAUAGAAAAUGCAAAAGAAGAUAUUAAAAACAAUCCUCAGGAAGAAAAUGAAAGGAGUGAAAGCUGUAUUGCUGAUUCAAAUGGAAUCACGGGGGACUGCAAGCUGGAUAAUCCUCUGGAGGAUGUGAAAGAGAAGUCUGCUGCUCACAGAGAGAAGAACUCAAUUUUAAACAGCGAAGGAGAAUCACAAGGGGAUGAUGCAACUGGAAUCAUUGAAGAGGAGUCAUCAGUUGGAGAAGGAUUAGAAAAAAGUCAUACAGAAACAGCUUCAAAGGAAUCCUUAGUAGGGAAUGAAAACACUUCAAAUGUCAGUAGCAGUUCUACUUCAAGCGACGUGAUCUCUGGAACGCCGCAGCCUGUGAGCCGACGGCAGUCUUUUAUCACAUUGGAGAAGUUUGAUAGUUCAGAGAGCAGGCCCUUCAGCCCUUCAGCAUUAAACAGUGCAGCAGAGAUGUCUCGAAGUGUUCCUGUGCCAGAUAAACAGGGAAAUAUAAACACGUGCAAGACUGGUCAUAAGCCGGGGAAGUCUGGGGAAGAGAAUAAAAAGUCUGAGCAAAUUUCUGCUGCAAAACGAAGGCUGACACGCAGGCAGAGUAAAAUGGAACAGCAUGGAAAUCAACAGUCCAAGUUAACUAGCUCAGAACAAGAAAACAGUGCACAGGAGUCUUUUGUUUCUAAUAGCAUGGAAAAUAGUCCUGAAUCAUCUUGCUCAAGGGAAGACACGGAACGUAUUCUCACUGCUCAGCCCCAACCUGUCAGCUCUACAGAGCCAGAAAUCAAAAAAACUGAAGGUGUAGUAGCAGAAAUAGAAAAGGUCCGGGCAUUUGAAAUGGAUUCUAAAGAAAAUACACCCCCGAAGGUGGCUGUGUCCUCUGAGCAGGUAACAGGUGAUGGUAGUCAGGGCCCACAUGCAUCUCUUAGUCAGAAAAUACUGAGACGUUCUUCGAGACGACGGUCAGAAAAUGCAGAAAUGGCAGCAGGUAGUCAGGAUAAGGAAGAUGGCUACCAAAAAAAAGACAGGCGUAAAGAAGAUGAAAAAGCUCUGCAAAAGAAGGUGCCCCAGACUAAAGAGGAUGCUUCCCAGAAGCAGAAAGCAGUUUGUGGGAAAGCUUCAGAAUAUGCAGUCAAGAAAGAAAGCGGCCUACCUGAGAGAAGUGCUACAGGGGACUUGGGCUCAAAGGAGCCUUCUGCUCCAAAGGGUGCUGAUGAGGAAGCAAACAGAAGUGCUAGGAAGUCAGAAGAUGCAUUGAAGAGUGACAGGGAAAGUCAGGACUGUAGCUCAGACACAGUAGGUGAGAAGAAAAGGGAACGGCCACGGUACCACACCAGGAGGAGUUCACAAGGAUUGCUCUCCAGCAUAGAAAACGCAGAGGCUGAUGGCUCUGAGACCAAGAAGGAAAGUUUAAAGAAAAAAUCUGGAAAAACAAAAAAUAAAAGUGAUUCUCUUGAAGGUAAAUGGAAGGAUGUCCAGCCAGACAGCCAAAGCCGUGAGGUGUCUUCUCAAAUAGAUGAAAGUAAGAAUCUGUUGGGGAUGAAUGAAAGCAAAUUAAGCAGUGAAAUCAUCACAGGUACAGCACUGAUGCUUGCACCAUCUGAUGUGAAAAAUAAAGUACUGCUUGCAGAUGCUGGCGAAGCGGAGGGGUCUGCCAGCUCAAAGACUUCACCUGAUACACAGCCUGCAAGCGUGGAACAAAGCAAAGCUGGUAUGUUGACAGAAUCUUUCGGUGACCCACGUGUGUCUGAUGAAGUUCUGAAAGGAGAGGAAAAUAAAUGCACUGAAAAGCAAGGAUCUGUGGAACAGAGUGUUCAGCCUGAGGUUGCACAAGGAGCAGACACUUCAGGUGGCAACCUUUCCUCUGCACAAAUGCAGGACUGUCAGCACAAGAGAAGCAGAAGGGUGAGAAAAGUGAAGAGCUGUGACUGCUGCUCGAAAAGGGUGAAGCUGCAAACAUCACUCAGUGAGUCAAAAGAUGAGGAUCCUCGUGAACUGAUUGAGCCCCAGACCACGCCAGUUCACACAGCUGUCAGUACAGCAGAGGUGUCUGGCAGCUCGAAUCUGGAGGAGAGUUUGUCCAUCACACCUUGUGCCAUGAGCACACCGCUGCCUCCUGCUAAGGAAUCCGGUAUGUUGAGCUUGGAAAGAGAGAGAACGUGUGAAGAUCAUCUGCAAGGAAAUUCUGGUGUUAACGAGGAAGAGGUAGAGAAUCCAGCACAUACAGCAGGUGAAAUGGGUGAUCCUGUAGUGGAAAUAAAAGUGAAAGAAGCUGAUGAGAGUGACAGAGCUGAGCAGUGUGUGUCUGUGUCUGAGUGUGCUUCGGAUGAGCACGGUGGCAGCUCUAUGGAUCAAAGCGAGGAAAAGGCAGCCGUAGAAAAGGAAGAAGAAAGCCAGCAUGGGGAAAUGGAGGAGAUCCCUGGGGUGUUGGCUGAUGGUAGCAAACCUGAGACAAAACAGAUGGAUGAGCUCGAAAGCAAUCAGGACAGCAAGGAGAAAGCUGAGAACGCUCUGGGAGAAGUUUGCGUUACUUCAGAUAACGAGAUGGGAGAGGAGCUGCUGGAAGCUGAGAUUACAAGGCCUGAGAACAUGGCUGUAAGCAACGAAGAUGUAGUAGAAAAUCAGAGUGCAGAUUCGCCUCAGAAGCCAGAAGGUCUGAAUUCUUUCAUAUCUGUUAAUGAGAGCCCCAGCGGAGUGCAGGCACGCUGCACGUGGUCUCCUUCAGCUUCUCCAUCCACCAGUAUUUUGAAGAGAGGGGUAAAAAGGCACCAAGAGGAUGAUUCCUUGUCACCUGCUAAUAAGAUUCGUCGGGUCUCUUUUGCAAAUCCUAUUUAUCAAGAAGGACUGGCUGAUGACAUAGACAGGAGAAGUCCUGUCAUUAGAUCCCAUUCUUCACCGUCUUCACGAAGUCUUAAAAUCUUAUCUAAUAUUCAGACUAAGAUGACAGAGAUGGUGAAGGAGUCACUGCCUUCCCCUACGGAAUGUGUGUAUCCUGCCUUAGUUGGGUGUAAGGCACCCGUUGAUGUAAUUUUACCUCAGAUCACAUCAAAUAUAUGUGCCAGAGGUCUGGGGCAGCUCAUUCGAGCGAAGAACAUAAAGACAGUGGGAGAUCUCAGUACUCUGACAGCAUCAGAAAUCAAAACUCUUCCCAUCCGUUCUCCUAAAGUUUCCAAUGUUAAAAAAGCUCUUAAAGGAUAUCACGAGCAACAGGUAAAAUCUCGAGGGUGUGAAGAAAUCGGAGCACUCGAAGAUGUGGAGAGGACAGUAAACAGUGCAGGGGAUAAAUCUCCUCCUGUGGAUGAGGAAAAACUUGCAACAGAUCUGGGUGAGCCCAUUGCCCUGAGCAGCAGCAGCCCACCCCCUGCAGAUCUUCUGAGCCAGCUGGAUGUGCUGGCUGCUCAGUUCACCUCCGAAGAUCUCCGCAGCUACCCUGGCAGCCGCCUGUUUGAGAUGCAGGAGAAGCUUGCCAGCAUGACAGACUGCAUCAUGAGAACCCUGCGGUCCCAAUGGAGGUCACCACCCCACGACAGUGCUGAGUAGUUGCUUAGAAUUCCUGAGUAAGGAGGAUUUUGUUACGAGUUUUUCCACAAAGUGUAGUUUUCUUACUGGUGAGUUAAUCCUUGAGCUGGAUGUUUUGUACUACAGAAGAUUUUUUAACACCUAUAUGAUCAAAAUGUAUCAUGCUUUACUUCCCCCGUUUGUAUUUUUAACUUGUAGGAUAGUUUAUUAGAGAGAUUUCUAUUACAUUGCUAUGCAUAUCUCUUUCAGGUAGUGAAAGAAAACUUGAUCAAGUUGUGCAAUAGCAAAGACUGUGAAACCAAACUAACAGAGUAGUUAAAUUAUUUUUUUUCAAAUCCAAAAAGUGUUCUUACUGCUGUAAACUCAAUCUAUAUGGUGAGAGAUGGCUCUCACAGCUCUGCUCUCGUGCUGCCCAUGUCUGCUUCCUUCAGAACUGCUGAAGCCCUUCAGCACUUCUGCACUGAGGUAAGCUCUGCUCAGUUCCCUGCUGACAGUGGGGACGGUGUGUGUGUUGUUAUCACACUAAAGCUGAUGACAAAAGCAACAUUGUGAGUGAGAGACUUCGCAGAACUUCUUGGCCUUUUCCUGUGUUCUAACAGCUUUGUUUGCAGCAGCUCUCCUGUGAUGGAGAAGACCCUUUUCCCUUUGUGGAAAUAAAUGAAUUUGACGUGGGUUCUUUGUAUAUUAUGUAUAGGCUUGUGAUUGCAAAUGUUAGUUAAUAAUUUAUGGUUUUUAAUUGCACGGAAUGCACUGCUGCUUCUCAGAGACCUUCAGAGUUCUCCAUUUUUACCCCUGAAAUCUAAUUUGUAUAUAUUGGACAUUUGUGGAAAGGAAUUGCUCCAGGUAUUAGAACUUCAACAUGUGCAAAUAAAAGAGCAAUUAGUUUCCAAAGUUGUUAAUGUUAAUCUUUAAGCUGAAAUGAAACAGACUGCUUCCAAAUCGUUCAUCCCUUCCUCAGAGUUGCUUUGGAGGUUAGGAGGAAGCUUGGAAGGCCCUCAGCCCUGCCUGAGGCAGGGGUGAGUGGGGCAGCAAAGACUGGGGUGUAUCUGAGCAGCAGGAUCCCAUCUGUACCCUGCUCAUGCAGCUCAGAAAGUAAUGAGCAAGACAGAGAUGUCUUAAAGGACUGAUGUGAUCAGUACCAGUGGUGAGUGGCUGGAGGUUUUCUUGUUUCCCUGAUAACGCUGCUUCCAAAUAUACUUCCUCAGGUUUAACCAUGUCUUGUCUCCAGGGCCCUGUACAAGCAGGGAUGGGCCCAGUGCGUCUCAGAAGGGCGUCAGCAUCCCCAUGUAACUUAUAUUCUAGCUUUGCUAUUCUGAAUCCCCUGUGAGAAAUGUUUUCCUUGCAAGCUGUACACCACAAUAUGCUGUGAAUUCUCUUUAAACAAAGGCUUCGGGGUUUAAGUUGCAAAUCUUCCUGCUAUGAGCUCACUUUGUAUGCUUUGUCCAAGAUAGAAUUGAGUGUUUUCCUGCUUCCAUCUUUGGAGGCUGGCUGGUACCAGGUGCUACCAAACAAAUAACCACGGUGUGUGGCUGUGAAAUAAUUGUUUGUCCAGCUUUUUCACCUUGCUGGGACUGCUGCAUCCUCGAUCUGCUCUCUUUCUGAAUGAAGCAGGAUUGUUUUAAGAUAAAUUUGUACUCUUCAGAGCGAAGAAAAACAUCAAACAUGCUGCGGAAACAUGAGCUUUAUUUAGUCACUAAUUUACAAGUAACAACUUUUGACUCCAGAACAGAAAAACACCUGCAUAAGAGCUCAGCAAGCAGACAGAAGAGGCUUUUGCUUUGUGAGUUUUCCCCCCUCUUUUUUUUACUUCCUCCCCUCCAGAUAAAUGUUGGCUUGAGAUCCUAAGCUUACAUGGAAAACAAACAUGUUUGAAAGUUUCAGAAGAGAUUCCCUCCUUCUGGGAGAAUGAAGAAAGUAAUGGUUGGUAGUUUAGUCUCCAGCACAGGUACAAAAGUUCAGUGAUACUGAACUGUGUUGUGAUUUUGGCAUUGUUUAAAACAUGCUGAUAGUACUGUAUGCUUAAAUGUUUUAAAUGAAGAUGUAGGCAAUUUCAGAAAGGUUUGGGACACCAGAAGCAAGGCAGCUCUCAUGAGCAGCACC